AUUUUGUGUCUUUGUUUUUCCGCAGGGCUGAAAUCACUCUAGGGAAUAUCAUCAAAAAGAAAGGCUGGAGACGGUCCAGUUAUGUAAUAACGACUAAGAUCUACUGGGGAGGACAGGCAGAGACAGAGAGAGGCCUGUCCAGAAAACACAUCAUAGAAGGUCUCAGAGGUUCCCUGUCUAGACUACAGCUGGAUUACGUGGAUAUUGUCUUUGCCAACCGAAAUGAUGUGAACAGCCCUAUGGAAGAGGUAGUACGUGCGAUGACAUUUGUUAUAAACCAGGGUAUGGCCAUGUACUGGGGCACGUCACGCUGGAGUGCCAUGGAGAUCAUGGAGGCAUACUCUGUAGCGAGGCAGUUUAAUUUAAUUCCACCGGUAUGUGAGCAGGCCGAGUAUCACUAUUUCCAGAGGGAUAAAGUCGAGGUGCAGCUGCCAGAGCUCUACCACAAGAUCGGUGUCGGAGCGAUGACCUGGUCUCCUCUCGCAUGCGGGCUGAUCACUGGAAAAUACAGUGAUGGUGUUCCAGACUGUUCAAGAGCCGGGAUUAAAGGCUAUCAGUGGCUAAAGGAGCGAGUGUACAGUGAAGAAGGGCGCAGACAGCUGGCAAAAAUCAAAGAGCUCCACCUGGUGGCUGACAGGCUGGGCUGCACAGCUGCUCAGCUCGCCAUUGCAUGGUGUUUGCGUAGCGAAGGGGUCAGUUCUGUACUUCUUGGUGUCUCCAAUACAGACCAGCUUCUUGAGAACCUUGGAGCCCUGCGGCUGCUGUCUCAGAUGACGCCUCAGACUGUGAGCGAGAUAGAUGCUCUCCUGGGCAACAAGCCUCACUCCAAGAAAGAGUCACGUGCGUGAGGGAACCAGAGAGAUGACAUGAACAUGUGCGGCCAGAAAAGACAAAGAAAGCAAGGGGGAAAAGAUGGAACACGGCGUACCAUCGCUUUUCUGCUCUCCCGUAUAUUACAACACCUGCAUGCCUUCUGCAACAUGCUUCCAGCCCAUACCGCCCUGCUCUCUGUAACCCUACUCAAGUACCAUAACCUACGAAUUAAACACGGAAACGGCUGUCUGCAACAUCACAGAAAUGCGACGAACAACAGCUGUUAUCAUUUCUUUACUCUGAGAGACUGAAGUUUCAGUCUUCCAUGAGGAAGUACUGUGGAUUGUAGGAGGAGAUUGGAAUGAAGUGGCAAAAAGCUUGUUUAUUAGCAGGCCCAGACGAAAUCUGCAGACUUUCACGCAGUUUCCGCUGUAGACUUCCACUGUUUCCACUGCCGAAUUUCCAUUGCCAAAUUCUGUGAAAUGGAUCAAAUGUGAUAAAACUGGAGCUAAGAGUGGUAUAUUCUUAUUGGCAGCUGAAAGCAUUGUCGAAUUUGCCAAAAUAUUUAUUAAACCAACAUGCACGGGGCAAAUGAUGUGUAGGACUUUGCAAAAUCUGUGCAGAUUCCGCAUGGGCCUGGCUCUGCGGGUGUGUGUUCAAGGAAGUACGAAUACGUGUGCAUGCAGUGCCACUUUGAAUGAAACUCUCCGUUGCUGGUGUUGCACCUGAGUGACUCGGAAAACGGAUGCUGUGUGACGCCAAGCGAAGAUGUUUCUGAGAGCUGCCUGUCCCGUUUGUUGGAGUGUUCACUGCCCGUCACAUUUCAUUCUCGCUGUGCAGGAGACCGUGGCAAACACUCCGGCGUGUGACAGGAACAACCUGCAGCAACUGCAAACAGCUGUUUGGAUGCAUCACAAGUCUUCCUCCAUUUCCCUCCUUUCCAUCUCUCCUUGUGUUUACAAUGGUGCACCUGUCCCUUUAAGAGAAUUUGUGCAGUUAGGGGAGUGGCGUGUGAGUGU